AUGAUUCCAUACUUUCAAUCAAUUUUACAAUAUUUACCACAAUCUACAAAUGGUGGGAAAUUGCCAUAUUGGUUACUACUCAUAUCAAUUGUCUCAAUUUUUAAUUCAUUUCAAUCUUAUUGUAAUCUUGAUUUAACUAAAAGAGUUUAUGAACAAAAUCCAUCACAAGUCACAAAUUUAUCAGCAAGAACUUUUGGUACAUGGACUUUAAUUACUUCAAUUGUUAGAUUUUAUGGUGCUUUUUAUUUAUAUAAUAAACCAAUAUAUGAAUUGGUUCAAUUUACUUAUUUAAUUGCAGCAUGGCAUUUUUUCAGUGAAUGGUUAAUUUUUAAAACUUGUAAAUUAGGUAAAGGUUUAGCUGGUCCUUUAAUUGUAAGUUCAAUUAGUUUAACUUGGAUGUAUUUAUAUAAAGAUGAUUAUGUAUUAUGA